GUACUGACUGUAAGUUAAGAUCACGAGGUUGUCUUUGAGAUAUAGUUCAGUGAUAUCUGAAUGGCCUUUUACCUAGCAGAAAUUUCCAUCGAGAAGUAUAAAUUAAAAAAAAAACACAUGUGUACCAGUAUACCGAAAAAUAAUGAAUGUGCUACUAAACGCUUUCGUUUCUAAGCCAUAACUAUCUUUUAUUUUGAUAUCGUGGCAGCAUGAAAUCAUUCUUUGAACGAGAAUAAUUAUACAUCCGGGUUAUGUGCGCUUUGCAGAUGGAUUCAAGGAAAAUUCAUGACUGCUCUUACACACACACACAAAAAAAACUCAAGUAAGAAUUCAUUUUCAUUGCUAGCGGUAAAAGGUUUUACCUGAACUUGACAGUUGAAGUACAUGCAAAAAUGCCAAUAUUUUUCAAAGGCCUGUACAAUUAAGAAACUCUCUCAAGCAGGGAUCCCGAAGAAUAACAGUUCACUAAUUAAGGGAACAGGUGGAACCGUGGGUACUCGGUUGAACGACGCAUAACGAGCGCAACCUUGUUUAUCAGCGUCAGCUUCACUCUCGUCGCUCUCUACUCCCUCCGGGCUUCUCCUCCGAACACAACUCAUACUAUGCUCGAACGCUCAGUUCCAGACGCGCUGAGUCCGACGUCUGCGUGGGAAGGCGAGUCGUCUCUUCUCAUAAAACAGACUCAGGUCUACUCCGAGUCAAUUAGAAACGUAAGCGUCGUAAGCUAAACAUCAGUCAACAUGUUGCAAGGAAAAAAACAUUUACAAUUCUCAGAGGGUUUGGAUCUACUUUAAAUCACGUUUUUUUUCGUGUUGGUCUGAAUUUGUCGUAUUAAGCGAUGGGGGACUUGGUCGGUGCGAAAGAAAUCCUUCGCGCGAGUCGUGACCUCAAGCUCCGCCUUGUCAGAAUGCUCCUAGAUGGGGGUACCCAGAUUGACGUCCGUUCAACCAAUCAGGAGACUCCACUAAUACUAGCAUGCGCUUCCAAUGGGAAUCAGGGGGAGAAGGAGAAAUUGGUGAAAUACCUUAUCAGGAAUCGAGCUAAGGUAAACCUACAGGACACUCAAGGCCGAACGGCGCUGAUGCAUGCGUGCAUAACCACAUCACCAGACAAUCUCAUCCAGGCGCUACUGGACGCCAAAGCCAACCCGUGGAUCGAAGACAAUGCAAGGAAAACGGCAUUUGAUUACUCUCUGAACGCUGGUAGCCUGGGUACCGUGCGUUUGCUGAUUACCGCCUGCAGGGACAGCAAAUACUUGACCAAGCCAGGUAGCUUCAACAUCGAGAUGAAAAGACUCGAAGAGCAAAUGGAGCGACUGCCCGAUCCACGCAAAUGCUCGUGGCCACUGAUGGGUCCUAGACUCGCCCCUGAAGCACCCCACACCGACACGCACGUGACCGAGGCAUCGGCUUCAAACCUGCUGACGAUUGUUGCGGAGGAACCGGACCUGUCGACAACAGGAUCUCAUCAGCGGAGACGAAAGCGCUCUAUUUGCCAUUUUGACCCGAUUGACAUGGAGGCAAUAACACGCUUUUCCGAGAAAUGCUCUGCUGAAACCGCUGAUACGCAGAGACCACUGAGGAGAGGGUCUUUAUUUAACACUAGUCGUUCAGCGUCAGAGGAUGAGAAGAUCAGCCUACACUUUUCGGAUUCAGAGGGAAGUUCGUCCCUCGACCAUUGCAGCCUGACUGGGCUCGAAAAACUCCUACAACUGAGGGAUUCAGCGUCCUCUUCGACUGACUCGACAGAGUCUCUCAAUCAUCCAAAUAAAACAGGGGGAACCUGGGCACAAGCAAUGAAGGAUCUAGAAAUAGAACCACCAGGUAUGACCCCAAGGCCUGCAAGGUCCAAUUUAGAACACGAUUAUAAUAAAAACACUGAUUUGUUGUUACAAGCGAAUAGAGGCUGCGAGUUUUUAGCACCAUGUGAGAACACCGCCACCGAUUAUUCCCUCACUGGCGGGGCAAAGCUAUAUGUUGGCGAUGCCAUGGAAGCAAGAUCGCCGACAGCACGCAGGAGGAUUACCGAGGGGAAUAUCCAACUGACACUUAGUGGCGGGCUUGAAGCUAAAAGCCCAAACAUGCUUCGUCGCUUCACUGUCUCCACUAUGGAACAAGAGAAAUUAAAAUCGUAUCUAAGUGAACAUUGUGCUAAUAACGCUGAAAUCAAAUGGCCAUUUCCACCAUCUAAGGAAGAGCUUUUGCCAGUCGGGAAUACAAGAAAAAAGUCGACGGAGCAAACGGGAUCGCAAAUGCAGCAUAAUAUGGGAAAUACCAUCGACAUUAGAGUGUCUUCGACUGACAUAGACCACCCACAUGUAUCGGGGUGUGGAGACGAUAAAAAAGUAACCCACAGAUCUAAGUGUGAACACGGUGGAAGACGGACACAUACAUCCACGGGUGAACGCGACGUAGUGCGCACUUCUCCAUCCACAUGUAAAGGCGAUCGUUCUCCUACACCCACAUGUGAUCACCGUGAAGAAAGUUUUCGUAUCAGCGAUAAAAGAACGCAUGUAGUCGCGCGCAAUUUGUCAUCACAUGAACGAGAUGUAAUGAAAACACAGAAAGAGAAUACUCGUAAGCCGUCAUGCGAACGUGGCGUAAAAAUCACUUAUAAAUCUACAUAUGAACGCGAUGUAACGCGCACUUAUUUUUCCACGAGUGGGCACGAUGAAAAGCGCAGUCGUACGCCAGCUAGUGAAGGGAAACAAGCGCUAGAUUUCAGCCUCCCUUUAAUUUUAUAUCCAAAAGAGGCGAAAGAACUCAGAGCUACAUCCACUGAUGGGACACCGGCGAAAACCGCUAUACGCCGAACCCUCUCCGAUAACAGCCCGAUAAAUCAACGAAAAGAACAAGAGGUUAGCCGCGCUCGCAGCUCUUCCACUUGUUACACAGAGGACGCGAUUCUCGCCGCAAUGCAACAUACAGCGGUAGAGCGACGACGCACAUGCUCACCAGUAACCACAUGCGCCCAGUACACGAGAAAGACCCGGGAAAAAUUUUCCCCUGAUAUCCCGGACCUCGUAAUUUCCUCACAAAGAACAAACACCCUGAUGCAAGGGAGUACAGACGCGCUAGGCACCGGUACGUUGUCGCCUUCCGGCAUUGUUGAAAGUACUACUCUGGUGCCUAGCAAGAGUCACAAAAUAAACAUGUUGUCACUGAGCAGCAUGGCCCCGCAGCCUUUAAAUAUACUUUCAGUCAGUAAAGCAGAGGUACCCUCACAGCACUACGAUUAUGUGUGCAAGUCUUUGCCAUCUUCCCCUCUGCUUCAUCACCACCAGCACCCUUCAAGUCCAAGCAUCAUGCAUCUCGAGUCCACGGAGGCAUCCCCUAGCAAUGGGCGCAAAACAACACACCCCAAGGUGUUCCUUCCGCCACUAAAUGUGUUAAAGCCUCAAACUUCAAGCGAAACUGAGGAGGGUUAUUUCUCUAGUACCCCAUCACCAUUUGAUUAUGAUAAGCCCAGGAAUUUAGACCAGUACUCAUUCAAGCCGAUCUCACCACGACUAGGGGGUAGGACCAUCAGGGGUUCUAACAACAGUAGAAAAAGCCCAGAUAGUACAGAAUUCAAACUCAAAUGACCCUUAUAAAUUCAGAUUAACACUUAUAAAACACACAAUCAAUAUCACAUAAAGAAGGAGCUGUGGGGAUAAAAGGCGCCCACCUGGUCUGAGUCGUCAUUCCUGCUAGUAUUCCUUGAGUGCAGAGCUGCUCCGUAAAUAUUUAAAAAGCAGAGCGGCAGUUCCCGGGGGGGAGGGGGGGGUUACUCCGAUAUUAAACGGAUGGGGAUCAUCGUCGGGACUUUUUUAAAACAAACCUAAAAGAUACAAAAAUGGGUGUGGUUAGGCAUGAAAUUACCCCCUAAAAGAUCCCUAAAACAAAAGUAAAUAAUUUGUAAUAGAAACAAAACAAACAGAUCGUUGUUAAGCUCGCAAUCAAUUUUCGUCCCGUGGGUUGCAUGAUUUUUUCGCUGGUUAGUGAUCUAAAAACACCUACAAUUAGAUGAGCGAUGGCUAUAAUAGCACCCUAAAAGAUACCGAGGUAAAAAAAAUCAGGGCAUUUUCAUUUUCACCCCUAAAAGACACCCCCUGGGUGCAGACCAUCAUGGAGCUGUGCACUCUACAAAUUCAGUGGGAAUGGCUUACUGGACCAGGCACACACCUUUUAUACUGCAUGUCUCUGAGAAGAGUUUGAAAUCAAAGAUGUAUAUAUGGAUAUAAUAAAAAACAAAUUUUUAAAAAUUGUUAAAACUUUUAUAAAGAACAUGGCAGUAAUGUAGUUUUUAAAUAACCCAACCUUUACCCCAACACCUGUUAACACAUGCCAAUGUUCAAAAGCAAAACGAUAAUAUUUUGGUUUUGUCACAUAUAUGUACACAAUAUUUAUUUACCAUACCAUUGCAUGUCAUCAUUGAACAAGAAUUGCUUGCCUGUACUAUUGACACCUAUCAUACACACAGAACUUGUAUUUGAUGCCUUUCUCCUCAUGCUGGACACUUGGUACAUCAGGGUCUCUAAAAGAUAGGACAAAAAUUGUGACAAAAAUUGUAACCUAGGAACCACAAGACCCAAGAUGAAGAAGCCCAAGGGUGGUGCAGGUCAGACAACUCAAGUUGUAGUGAGCAAGAUUCUAAAAGAAUUCUAGGAUAAAUACAGAACCUCAAUUAAAAAUCCAAGGAAAUGA